UUACGAAUUGAGACGUUUCGCUAUUGUCGAGUUGAGUUCUAGGACGAUAUCUGUCAAUGGUCUUAUCGAUACCCCACGGUGUGACAUCAUCCAUCUCCGCACUCGUCUCCUCCACCAAAAGAACAAUCCUUAAGAACAACAACAACAAUGACCACCCCCCGCACCCACCUAACCCUAACCCGCCUCUCCGGCGGCACCCUCCGCAUCCCAACAAAAUACAUCGUCAAAUCUGGCACGGACGAAGAACGCGAAUACCCAGAUUGGGCUUACCUUGUCGAGCAUCCAUCGGGGAUGGUUGGGUUAUGGGAUUUAGGGUUGGAUCAGGAUUUGGGGAUGUACCCACCGCCUGUACAGGAGAAGUUCGAGACGUUCAGACCCACACCGCCGGAGAAGGCGUUACACGAACAAUUUCCAACACACGUCAAACCCGAACACAUCUCCUUCAUCAUCUUCUCCCACGCACACUGGGACCACCUCCACACCCCCAACACCUCAAUCUUCACGCACCCAAACCUCAAACUCUGGGUCGGACCCGGCACCAAAAAAGCCGUGGGGAAGGGAUGGCCGGAGGAUGGGAAGAGUACAUUUCCCGGGAAACUGUUUCAGGAGAAGGUGGAGGAGAUUGAGUUACGGGAUGACGAAGUGAAGUUUGGACGGUUUGGGAGGACGUAUGAUUUGUUUGGGGAUGGGUCGUUGGUUGUUGCGGGUGCGCCGGGACAUAUGCCUGGGAACUUGUGCGCCUUGGCAUGCACCUCCGCUUCCUCACCCGACUCUUCGGCGACCUUUACACUUUUGGCAGGGGAUUGCGCACACGAUAAACGACUCAUAACGGGCGAGGAAGAGCCUGCGGAGUGGCGGGAGGAGGAGGGUGGUGAGAUGACGAGUAUGUAUAAGGAUUUGGGAGCGGCGAGGGUGACGUGGGGGAUGAUUCGGGAGGUGUUGGAGGGGGGGGAUGGAAGGGUUGAGUUGGGGUUGGCGCAUGAUUGGGGGAAGGAGUAGGAAACUGGAAAGUUGAGGGGGAGUAAGUGUAGGAGAUACCCGGUUUGUGCUUGGUUGACUGCGUGGGACGCUAGUAUGCUCGUAACUCUUUCAUUGUCCCGUUGUUAUCCUUCUGUUUCGCUUCUGUUUCGCUUUGUAGCGUGUGGUGAGCGUCCAGGGGGGGGGGGCACGCAACCUUCCUCAUCCUUCUCAAUCGUCGUCAUGAAUCAGCAAACCCUUGGACUUCACUACCUUCACAUCAGCCUUGACACCAUUUCCAUCCGGGUCCGUACCACCACUAGAUUCCGGUCGCGCCCCAUUCUGGGCCGCAUUCACUCCCUCCUCCUCCUCCAUCUUAUCUCCCUUCCCUCUCACCUUCUUCUUCUUCAUCCUCCUCGCCCGAUUCUUCGCAGUCUUCUCCUCAUCCUCCCUCCUGAACCCCUCCCUCCUCGCCUCAAACUCGCUCAUCUCCCGCUCC